AUGCGAUCGGGCAAUGCAGAUGUCUAUGAGAACCAAAUCCCUGGUGGUCAAUACACAAACUUACAGUUCCAGGCAUUCACCCUCGGUCUCGGGGAUCAAUUCGAACAGGUCAAGAAAAAGUAUACUGAAGCAAAUCAGCUUCUUGGCAAUAUUAUAAAGGUCACACCAUCAUCAAAGAUUGUCGGGGACUUGGCUCAGUUCAUGGUUCAAAAUAAUUUGACUGCACAGGAUGUGAUGGAACGGGCAGAUGAGCUAUCGUUCCCUGCCUCGGUUGUUGAGUUCUUCAAGGGAGAAAUUGGAAUUCCCCACGGAGGAUUUCCCGAGCCCCUGCGCACACAGGUACUUCAUGGGAAAGCAAGUCACACAGAGCGAAUUGGGAAAUCCUUGCCACCUUUCGACUUCAAACAGCAUGCAACUGAUCUUCGAGAUAAAUUCCGUCGCGAUUUCUCCGACAAAGAUGUGAUGUCGUCCGCGUUGUAUCCAAAGGUCUUUGAUGACUUCGAAGAAUUCCGUUCUCACUACGGGCCGGUGACAAAACUGCCAACACGGGUGUUCCUGGUUGGGCCGAAAAUCAACGAGGAAGUUCCGGUCCAACUGGAGCCGGGUAAAGUGCUGUAUUUGAAAACCUUGGCUGUGGCCAAUACACCAACGAGUGGUCACCGCGAGGUGUUCUUUGAUAUGAACGGCCAGUUGCGCUCCAUCUUGAUUACAGACAAGAAAGCAGCUGAGGCUCUUCAGUCGCAUCCAAAGGCCGUGAAAGGAGUUAAGGGAUCCAUUGGUGCUCCAAUGCCAGGAGAUUUGAUCAGCAUUAAUGUCCGUGAGGGCGAUCACGUAGAGCGAGGAGAGAAAUUGGCUGUGUUAUCUGCCAUGAAGAUGGAAGUUGCUAUCGCGGCACCCGUUACAGGGAAAGUGGUUAAAGUGCAUGCAAAAUCUGGGAUGAAGGUUCAAGGAGAUGAUCUCCUGUUCGAUAUCGAAUAG